AUGUCGCAAUUUUCCUCAUUUAACCUCUCUUCCGAAUUGCCUGCCUGGAAAAAGCUCGAGCAGACCUACGAGUCUGUGGGCAAGGCCCUCAAGGUCAAGGACGAGUUUGCUCACGACCCAAAGAGGUUUGACAAGUUUUCUGAGACGUUCCAGAACUUCGACAAGCUGGAAAUUUUGUUUGAUUUCUCCAAAAACAUCAUCAACGACGAGGUCAAGAAGGAUUUGAUUCAAUUGGCCAAAGAGGCUGGUGUGGAGCACUUGAGAGAUGAAAUGUUCAAGGGCUCCAAGAUCAACGAGACAGAGGGAAGAGCUGUCUACCAUGUGGCCUUGAGAAACAGACAACUCAAGGAAAUGAAGGUUGAUGGAGUCAACACUGCUCCUGAGGUUGACGAGGUGCUCCAGCACAUGAAAGAAUUCUCCAACGACAUUAGGUCGGGCAAAUGGACCGGUUACACUGGCAAGGCCAUCACUGACGUUGUGAACAUUGGAAUUGGUGGUUCUGACUUGGGUCCUGUUAUGGUCACCGAGGCAUUGAAGGCAUACGCCAAGCCCGGUCUCAACGUCCAUUUCGUCUCCAACAUUGACGGUACUCACUUGGCUGAGACUUUGAAGGACUUGAAGCAAGAGACUACUUUGUUCUUGAUUGCCUCCAAGACCUUCACUACCGCUGAAACCACCACCAACGCUAACUCUGCCAAGACCUGGUUCUUGGAGAAAGCCCAGCAGAAGGACAUUGCUAAACACUUCGCUGCUCUUUCUACCAACGCUGAUGAGGUGGCCAAGUUUGGCAUUGACACUAAAAACAUGUUUGGUUUCGAAAGCUGGGUCGGUGGCCGUUACUCUGUGUGGUCUGCCAUUGGUUUGUCUGUGGCCAUCUACAUUGGCUUCGAUAACUUCGAGGACUUCUUGAAAGGUGCUGAGGCGUUUGACCAUCACUUCACCACUGCUCCAUUGGAGCACAACAUCGCCGUUCUUGGUGGUAUCUUGUCUGUGUGGUACAACAACUUCUUUGGUGCGCAGACCCACCUUGUUGCCCCAUUCGACCAGUACAUGCACAGAUUCCCUGCCUACCUCCAACAAUUGUCGAUGGAGUCCAAUGGUAAGUCUGUCACCAGGGGCAACUCCUUCACCAACUACCAGACCGGUACCAUUUUGUUCGGUGAGCCAGCCACCAACGCCCAGCACUCCUUCUUCCAGUUGGUGCACCAGGGUACCAAGUUGAUUCCUGCUGACUUCAUUCUUGCUGCUCAGUCUCACAACCCAAUUGAAAAGAACUUGCACCAGCGUAUGUUGGCCUCCAACUUCUUUGCCCAGUCUGAGGCAUUGAUGGUCGGUAAGGAUGAGGCCCAGGUGCAGAAGGAAGGUGCCACCGGUGGGUUGGUGCCACACAAGGUGUUCUCAGGUAACAGACCAACGACCUCUAUCUUGGCCCAGAAGAUCACCCCAGCCACUUUGGGUGCUUUGAUUGCCUACUACGAACAUGUGACUUUCGUCGAGGGCGCCAUCUGGAACAUUAACUCUUUUGACCAGUGGGGUGUCGAGUUGGGUAAGGUGUUGGCCAAGGCCAUAGGCAAGGAGUUGGAGGACUCUCAGCCAGUGUCUGACCACGAUCCUUCCACUAACGGUUUGAUCAACCAGUUUAAAAAGUGGAGCGCUUGA